AUGAUCAACUCUCAGGACAAGGAGAAGAUCAAGCGGGCCAUUCCCAAGGCCUCCAACAAAAUUAUGGCGGCCGCGGUCGCCAGACUGUACAUUGCGUAUCCAGAGCCCGACCACUGGACUCCCACCGGUCUUUCUGGCGCAAUUGUGUUGGCAGACGAUUUGGUUGGUCACACCUUCUUUCUCAAGCUCGUGGACAUUGUCGGCCACAGAGGUGUUCUUUGGGACCAGGAAUUGUACAUCGAUUUCGAUUACAACCAGGAUAGAUCGUUUUUCCACUCGUUCGAGUGCGAGGAGUGCUAUUAUGGCCUGUUGUUCGAAGACAAGAGCGAAGCAACUAGUUUCUACAAAAAGGUCAAUUCCAGAGAUAAACACGGCUCAAAACAAACCGUUCAGAACAAGCACGGCGUGGAGGUCAAGAAACAGCCGGCUCCAGCCGCAAAAGUCGGGUUCCGCGGCGACAUGUCCGGGCUCGAAAGUGAACAGCGUACUAGACGGUCAAAGGGACUCAUCUACUACGAGGACGAACCACCGCCAGAAUGGAGGUCGCUCUAUAGAGAGCUGGAGAGCGUGGGUAUUGGCGAAGACAUGAUUGCAGAAAACCGCGAGUUCAUCAAGAACUACAUAGCCCAAACAGGCGGGCCCUUGGUGGGGCUCGAGCCUCCUAUUCCUCGCAAAUACCAGUACAAGUCCGCCAGAGUCGCCAGCAGUGCAAGUGCUACCAGCAGCUCCUCGGCAACCACAAAGAAAGCCCCGCCUCCCCCUCCACCGGCAAACCGCAACUCCUCUCCUGACACUCCAUACGGCAGCGAGAGCUCCUCGGGGCCUUCCAGAGCCGAAACUCCAGAAGCAAGGGCUCCACCGCCACCUCCUGCUCCUGUGGCUGCUCCAUCUCUCCCUUCAGCACCAACACCGCCUUCAGCGUCUCCGUCGCCGCAACCAGUGGCCGCUGCUGCCACCACCUCGUCCGCCGUCCACAGCGUGCCAGCAUUGAACUACAUGCCCCACUCGUACCAGCAACGCCAGACCCAGCAACCGGCCCAGAGAACGGUACCUGCGCCUCCUGCUCGCGGCAGCGCUGUUCCACCUCCACCCCCAUCCAGGAACCCGGCUCCCCCACCCCCACCAUCGAGAAAUAUGCCGCAGCUGCCUCCAAGAGAAUCAAGACCGGCCCCUGUGCCGCCACCUCCUCGCAGAGGCGCUGCUCCUCCACCUCCACCGUCGCGGGCCAGACCGGUGCCAGCAGCUCCGCAAACACCUCCAAGAGCAGUGCCACCAACGUUUUCUCCCCAACCCCCACAGCUGCCUCCUCACCAUCCACAGCCAGGCUACCAGUCGUCGCCUGUCCCUGCUGCUCCACCUCCUCCUCCACAGAUGGCUUCCCCGAUUCCUGCUGCUCCUCCUCAACAACAGCCUCAAUCGAUCCCUGUGGCCCCUCCUCCCCCUCCAGCAGCUCAGGCAGCACCUCCAGCUCCACCGCCUCCCCCAGCAGGUCAAGCAGCACCUGCAGCACCUCCGCCGCCUCCAGCUACAAUGCCGUCGCCUCCUGCUGCUGGGGACCCGAGAGAUGCGUUGCUUUCAUCGAUCCGUAACGCUGGCAUUGGCUCGCUCAAGAAGACUGACAAAUCGCAGCUCGAAAAGCCAAGCGUCCUGCUCCAAGAGGCCCGUGGUGAAGACCCUCCUCCGGCUCCACAGUCCUCUGCCACUCCUGGUCAGCCAGCAUCGCUUGCCGAUGCAUUGGCAGCAGCUCUCAGCAAUAGAAAGGCCAAGGUUGCAAAUAGCGACGACGAAGAUGACGGCGAUUGGUGA